AUGCCCGGUCCCCGUCGCAGGUCACCCACGAGCAAGUCGAACCACGCACCACCGGCCCGGUCGAUGUUACCGAUUACCCACGAGGUUCUGCAGGAGGCGGACCCCGUCGGCACGGUUCCCGUCGGCACGGUUCCCGCCAGCACGGUUUCCGCCACCGCUCCCACCGCCGUGCUAUCGUCGGCGCUAGACCACAUACUCAUCUUCGGCCACGGCCGCUUCCAGAUGCACGUCCUACUCUGCACCAUGCUGGCCUUCUUCACAGCCAUCAUCCAUGUCAGGGCGCCUGCCAUCCUGGCACGCCCCGUGGACCACUGGUGUAGGCCUCCGGCCGACUACACCUACAUGGCCACCGACGUGUGGAAGAACGUGAGCGUGCCUCUGGAGGCCGACGGCAAGACGCGAAGUCCGUGCCUUCGGUACGAGCCACCGUUCCCCCUCUCGGAGGACACCGGAAACCGGACCACGGUGCCGUGCGACGCCGGCUGGGACUACGACAUAGAUGCCGAGGCGGGAACUGUCUCCAUCGUGGUCCAAUGGAACCUAGUGUGCGGCCGCCAGUGGAUUCUACGCGUGCUGUCCGCAGUCUACUCGCUGGGAGGCGCCAUGGGAGCUCCUCUGGCCGGCGUUGCCGCCGACACCAUCGGUCGCCGUCCCGUGCUCUGCAUAUGGCUCUUGCUGCUCGUGUUCGCCGGAGUCUCGCUGGCCUUCGCCAGAACCAUACUGGUGUUCGCCGUCCUCCGCGCCCUCUUGUCCGCCGCCGUCACAGGCGUCCUCGUCACGUCGCUCGUGGUCCUCUUCGAGGUCACCGACACGCAGCACCGGGCUCUGUUCUGCAGCCUUGCCAUGGUCGUGGGCCAGUUCACGGCCACGCUGUACAGCGAGAUCGUCUACAACCUCGAGCCCAGUUGGCACGUCUGCCAGAUGGCGUUCAUGGUACCCACGAGCACCCUGGUCCUGGCCGUGUACUUGAUGGACGAGUCCCCUUGCUGGCUUCUGGCCGUGUCGAACAUGAGGCGCGCCGCGGAGGUUCUGUCCUGGGCGGCACGCGUCAACAGGGCGGACCCAGACGUCUUCAAGCAGCGCCUGUCCGAACUGAAGUCCGACAUCAAGAAGCAGCAGGACCAGCAGACGCUUCAGGCAACUACCUCCGCGAGUGAUUUGCCUCCAGACCAAGAGGUGCACCCCAUCGACCUGCUGGUCAACCGGCGCCUGCGCAAGCGGUCGGCCGUCAUGUUCGGCUGCUGGUUCCUCGCCUUCGCCGUCUUCUUCAGCGUCCCCGCGAGCGACUCGAUGCACGCCGACGGCGCGGUCCGCGCCGUCGUCGCGCUCCUCAAGAUGACCUGCAUCCUCGUGGACGUGCCCAUCAUCAUGCGCGCCGGCAGGCGCCGGUCGCUGGCCUUCGGCAUGGUCGCCCUGUCCGCGCUGUCCCUGGCCAUGGCGGCCAUCCACCUGCUGCGCGCCCCGCACCAGCUGCUCGUCGGCGUCGUCAUCUGCUCGGUGCUGGUGUUCGACCUCUGCGCCGUCGCCAUGUUCCUCAUCUCGGCCGAGCUCUACCCGACCGUGGUGCGAGCCUCCGGGCUCGCGUUCGGCUACGCGUGCGGGCGCCUCGGCGUGCUGGCCUCGUCCUACCUCGCCGACCUCCGACCAGCCGAGCUGAGGGGCGUCGCGUACGGCUUUGCGGCGGCGCUGCUGCUCCACUUCGGCAUGAUGGCGCUGGGGCUGCCGGAGACGACGCAGUCGCAGCCGGCGAACACGAUGCGCGACAUGGCGGCCCACCGCUGGGCGCUGCGCUCGCCUCUCAGGGUGGCGCGCGCAGCCGCUUCCCAGGGAGGCGCCAAGCGCAAACGGUCGCGGAGCUCGAACCGCGAGCGAAGCCGAGCUCCCGACAAGUCGACCAGCUCGCGCGACAAAUCGACUCGCUGA